UGUUGUGUGGCUGCCGCAUAACGGGUGAUGAAAAGAUUGCUUGUGGGACUGUUUGACAGUGAUUAUGAGAGUGUGUGGACCAUUUAGGAGUUAAACUGGUUGGAGCUGUUAAAAGCGAUGGGGGCGAAAGUCAGCGCCGGCGAAAAAAUUAAACCACACGAGACGGGCGAUAUGGGGAAUUUUUACGAUGGAUCAGGAUCGCAGGGAAGCGACGAUUUUAAGCGGAGAUCUCGGUCCACGACGGAUGUGUGCUUCCUGAUUUUCCUAACCUUAUUCCUGAUCGUCCUGCUGUUCUUUGUGGGUUAUUGCAUCUUCAACGGCGAUAUUUUCCGCAUUAUUAACGGAUAUGACAACUGUGGUCACGUUUGUGGAAAGAACAACGUCGUUAAUUAUGACGGUUUCAAAGACGAGGUGUGUCAAGAAGAAAGUUCGACGUUGACGAGACCAUAUCACAUAAUGAUAAGGAACAACGACUCAUCGAUUAUCGAAAAAAAGUGCGUCCCGGAUUGUGACAAUUACGAAGGAUACCGGCGCUUCUUCCGUAGAUGUGUUCCGACAGGGAGUAGCAAAGUAGUGAACAAGUUUUUUUCGAAAACUGGAUUGAAAAAUUUCUUCCAUGAAGUGUCUGAGGAUUUUCAUUUAUGUUGGCCCGAAUUUUUGUAUCUUUGCCUUAUUGCCCUGGCCUUCUCGCUUUUAAUACUGAUCUUAUUUCGCUUCCUGGUGGGAUUCGUCGUAUGGAUAGUACUCGUAGGGGUCGUACUGGCCUGCUGCAUCGGCACAGUGAUACUAUGGAUAAUGUGGCACCAGUCCAAGACAUCCACAAACCAUCUUCCCGAAAAUCUAAUCCCGGACGUCGACUCCCGAAAAACUGGCACCUACUUUGCGUUCGCCAUUGUUGCCAGUAUUGUGACCCUGAUUGUAAUUCUGGUCAUCAUCGUGAUGAGAAAGAGAAUAGAAUUAGUAGUGCAAUUAUUCAAAGAAGCGGGGAAAGCGAUGGCUUCAAUGCCUUUGCUACUAGUGCAGCCGUUAAUAACUUUCGUUUCUCUGGGAGUUGUGAUCAGUAUUUGGUUUUAUUUUUCUUUGUGGAUUGAAAGUUCCGGCUACCUCACACCCAAAGAACCACACGUCUACAAGUACCAAAAAGACGUAUGGAUGAAACUGACUAGGUGGUACAACUUGCUAGCGAUGCUGUGGAUGUGCCAGUUUGUGAUUGGGUGUCAACACAUGGUACUAGCCGGUGCUGUGUCCGACUGGUACUUCGCCAGAGACAAGAACACCCUCGGUACUCCCAUUUUGAAAAGCGGCUACAACUUAGUCCGCUACCAUCUGGGUUCCGUAGCUUUGGGCUCUUUUCUCGUAGCACUAGUCCAGUUCAUCCGGAUAAUUUUAAAGUGGGUGGAGAAGUACUUGCACAGUCACCAAGGUAAAUGCGUGGACUGCGCCCUAAAAUGUUGCCAGUGCUGUCUAUACUGUUUCGAAAAAAUCCUCAAGUACAUAACCAGGAACGCGUACAUUGAAGUUGCCAUGUACGGGUACUCAUUUUGUAAAGGAGGCAAACAAGCUUUCAAGCUUCUGGUGGCCAACGUUCUUCGAGUCACCGCGAUAAACUCAGUCGGUGACUUUGUACUAUUUCUGGGAAAAGUUCUAGUAGUUGCUGCGACGGUGUUAAUAGGGGCCAAAAUGCUACAGUACAAAGAAGGGUUGCAACACAUGUGGGUUCUGUUAACUCUAGCUGGACUCUUUGCAUACUUUGUGGCCCACUGUUUUAUGACAGUUUAUGAGAUGGCCAUUGACACUAUUUUUUUGUGUUUUUGCGAAGACUGCGAGCAGAACGACGGUAUGGCAAAACCAUACUAUAUGUCCAGAGGGUUGAUGGAGUUUGUGGAGAAUUCGAAAAAAGUGUUGGCGAUUUAUGAUAAUAAGCAACGAGAUGCUCAAGCUUGGCAGGAGAAAGUUCCCACAGUUAGUGAUUCUGUGGAUAAAUCGACGUAGGAUAUUUUAAAUUCGGGGUUUGUGUAGUGCACAGUGUGUAAUAUUUUUAAGCACGAUAUUGUAAGUUAUUUUAUAAAAAGAAGAUGUGAUUUUUAUAUAAAGAUGAAUGACAAUAUAGUUUUAUUUUACA